UAAUUGAUUCUUCUAUCAUGGUUAUACAGUAGCUCGAAAAUAGGAUUAGGUUAAGACCGAUCAAUAAAAAAAAAGUUAGGUUAAGUUGAGUUGAGGAGUAAUCUCAGCAUUUUGUCAGGGAAAGACAAUUUUUCACUCCUCCCCUUUAAAAAUCCAAAAUCAAAGAAAAUAUACAAUGGUUAAACCAUUUUAGCUUUUCCCCUAAACAAAUCAGCUUUACCUGUAACAAAAAUCAAUCGUUAAGCUAUUUUUUUGGAAAACGUUGUUAUAGUCAAAAGCGGUAAGAAUGUAAAAGACGGUCUGAUAGCCUUUAUAACGGGAACAAUGGGAAGUAGUUAAAAUUGAAAAUGCUUAUUUUCUACAAAUCGUCAUCAUCUCCGAAAUAUCUUACUUUCUCUUAACAGAAUCAACCACAAAAUCCAAACAACAUAACAAAUCCAACCCUAAUUUUUUUUAUCUUUCUAAUAACUUCUUUAGAUUUGUUUUUGCAAUCUAUAAAGAUUUGAUUUUAUACUUUUUGAAUCAAAAUAUCCACAGAGGAAAUGGAUGAAGAUACAGGUGGUGAUAAUGAUGGGAGAAUGCUGGAAUGGGAAAAUGGAUUGCCCGAUGAAUCUGAACUUACACCGUUAUUGCAGAAUUUGGUACCACUAGAGCUCGCAUUGGCGUUUUCUAUAACCGCUGAACCCUGUAGAAGCAUGGGAGAUGUAAUUCGGGCAUCUGAGAUGACAGUAUUGAGUCUCUGUGGUCGACAGGAUCCAUUUCCUUGCUCUUCAAGCAAUCUGGAAUUGUUUCCUUCUCGCACACCGUUAGUUUAUGGAGAAGAGGAUGAACAUGAGCUCACACCAAGAACUCCUGUCAUGGACGAUAUGGAGUCGCGUAAAAUUCAAAAAAUUGAUUAUGAUGAGGACGUGGAGGUUGAUUCGUCUAUGAGGAUGCUGAAUUCUAGUAAUGCUGACAAUCAAUCUGCUGGGACAUUCAAACGCCCGAGGUUAGUUUGGACACCACCACUUCAUAAGCGGUUUGUUGAGGUUGUUAUGCAUUUGGGUGUUAAGAAUGCAGUGCCAAAGACUAUUAUGCAGUUGAUGAAUGUGGAAGGAUUAACAAGAGAAAAUGUUGCUAGUCAUCUUCAGAAGUAUAGGCUCUACCUGAAACGAAAUGAAGGAGAAGGUCUGUCCACAUCUGACAAUUCUCUGUUCUCACAGAGCAUACCCAGGUCCACUGGGAGUGAACGUGUGCCGCUAUCUACAACACCAGCACCACCAACACCAACACAAUUAGAACGACCACCAACACCACCACCGCCUCAGAUGUCGUAUGGUGGCCUGCCGCUUCUCCCCAUUUCAGUUCUUGGCACGGGGCUUGCACCAAACAGUCAGGCGGGCAUAAAAGCUGGUAAUUCAGCUGGAGUUGGCUAUCCUGGUGGAUACAAGUUUCAUCAUUAUAACUUAUCAAACGAUCAACAAAGAGAUACGCCUGGUAUUACAUUUGAUUCUAUGUUGUAUCCACAUGUUAGUAACACAGACCGCUAAGAGGCUUCAAAUGCACAAGCAGAGUUUUUGCUUAAACCUUUUUCUUGCAAAAUGUUUAUGGUUUACCAAUUCGUAAUUGUGUAGGUUUCACUGUAUAAUUUACAGAUUGAUAUAUGCAUUUCUCAGUUGAUCAA